AUCACAGCUCUCCAGCCGGAGCCACGAGAAGAAGAAGCAGGAGCCCCUCAGCACUGCCCUUGCUCUUGGAGGAAGCCCCGCCGGUCCAGCCCAGCAGCAGCUCCGAUGUCCAUGAGGAGCCCUGCCUCUCCUCAGCUGGAUCUCAAUGGAUCUGGGAACAUGGUGAACUGUGCCAUUAAGACAGAAGAGAAGAGCGAGCACUGCUACGAGUCUUCAACUAGCACAACACUUGGCUCUGACAAACUACAGAAAUCACCGUUGUCACUGAGUGAAGUUACUGACUCCCAAACACUCUCACAGGAACCUGCAUCUCCAGUGGACAAAGCAUUAGACUGCAGGAAUUUUGCAUUUGAGUCUACAGUUUCCAGCCAAGAAAAGUUGGAUUUCAAUCAAAACUUAAAAGAAGUAAUGCCGACCAUUGAGAAGCUAUUGUCCAGUGACUGGAAAGAGAGACUUCUGGGGAAAAAUCCCAUGGAUUCCAAAGAAGUGAAAGGAACCCAGGAAAGUCUAGCAGAAAAGGAGUUGCAGCUGCUGGUCAUGAUUAACCAGCUGUCUAUUUUGAGGGACCAGCUGUUGACAGCCCAUUCAGAGCAGAAGAACAUGGCAGCUAUGUUGUUUGAGAAGCAGCAGCAACAGAUGGAGCUGGCCAGACAGCAGCAGGAACAGAUUGCCAAGCAACAGCAACAGCUUAUCCAGCAGCAACACAAGAUCAACCUUCUACAGCAACAGAUCCAGCAGGUCAACAUGCCAUAUGUAAUGAUUCCAGCCUUUCCUCCCAGUCACCAGCCUCUUCCUGUCAACCCAGAUCCACAAAUGGCACUUCCAAUCCAGCCAAUCCCUUGUAAACCAGUGGAGUACCCCAUGCAGUUGCUGCACAGCCCCUCACCUUCAGCAGUGAAGAGACCUGCAAGCUCAGGGCACCUGCAGAUCCAGGAAUCUUCACAGCCACUAAACCUAACAGCAAAGUCCAAAAGUUCUGAUCUCCCCAAUUCUUCCAGCUCACCUAGUUUAAAAAUCAGCACCUGUCAGUCGCUCACAUCUAACCAUGGAGUUUCUCAGGAGCUGCAGACCAGCCCUCCCAGCCUUCCUUUGGGGUUCCUUGGAGAGGGAGAUGCUAUAACCAAAGCAAUCCAAGAUGCUCGGCAACUUUUGCACAGCCAAAGCAGAGCAAUAGAUGGCUCCCCAAAUCAUCCCUUCAGGAAGGACCAUGCUGGCUUGGAAUCUCCACCCGCAAAAGAACAGGCAGAGGAGACUUCUUUACAAAGGCUGGACGAAUCCAUGUUAACCUGCGAUGGUGAUGGCUCACGCCAUUUUCCUGAAUCCAGAAACAACAACCACAUAAAGCGUCCUAUGAAUGCCUUCAUGGUGUGGGCCAAGGACGAGAGGCGCAAGAUCUUGCAAGCUUUCCCAGACAUGCACAAUUCAAGCAUCAGUAAGAUUCUAGGCUCCCGGUGGAAAUCGAUGUCGAAUCAGGAGAAGCAGCCCUACUAUGAGGAACAAGCCCGGCUCAGCCGCCAGCAUCUGGAGAAAUAUCCCAACUACAAGUAUAAGCCCCGCCCCAAGCGCACUUGCAUUGUGGAAGGGAAACGGCUCCGUGUUGGCGAAUACAAGGCACUGAUGAGGAACCGGCGCCAAGAUGCCAGGCAUGGCUACCUGAUUGCGCCUCAAGGCAGUCAGAUGCCACCAUCUGCUUCAGAUCUCAUGUACCAACGGUCAGUUGGGCUUCAGCUAGCUCCACCUCUUAUGGAUCACUAUCUGCCCCGUGGCAUGGAACCAAACAUGCCAGUCAUUGUCAACACACGUAGUCUGAAGCCAGAAGAAGGAGAUGGGACUGAGGACAGUCAUUCAGUGCCUGAUGGAGAGAUGUACCACUACAGUGAAGAUGAGGAUUCAGAUGGGGAAGACAAGAGUGACAGCGAGUUGGUGGUUCUCACAGACUGAGCCAUGGAGGUUGGCUGGGAAGGGGGAUAUAUCUGGAAAUGGGAUGGAGGGAGACUUCAUUAGCGUCUUGCUGUCUUUCAAACCCAAAUAACUAGAUGGACAAUAAUAGGGUGGUUUCAUUCAGGGUGUCUGGCCUAGGAAAGAGAGGCAUUCCAUGUUCUUCUGUCACUGGGAACUGAGAUGGUUGUAUUAAGCUAAUAUAAGAGUAGGGGCCAUAACUCAGUGGUAGAGUACCUAUCUUGCAUGCAGAUGGUCCCAGGGUCAAUCCCGAAUGUAAUCAGUGAAAAGGAUCCAUCCUGAAGUGCCCCUUACAGCUAGAGUAGAUAACACUGGACCAAUGGCUGGGUUCAAUAUAAGAGAGCUUCAUGUAUAUCCAAUGUGGGAACCCUACAGGCCUCUGUAUGAUGUUAAACUACAGCUCUGAACAUUUCUCUGGCUCUGCUGCCUAGAUCUCAUGGGAAUUGCAGUCCAACAGUUCCCUCCCUGCUAUAUGUUUGAUGUGGAGGUGGAUGAACAGAAGGGUUAAGCCCAUGCUUAUGAUGAUGGCAAGACUUCUUGCUCAUUUAUUAUCUUUCUUGAAAGGAAGGGUUAUUGGAUUUGCACAGCAGGGUUAGGCUAGAAGAGAAAUACAUGAAUGAAUGAGAAUCGUUUAAUGUAGUUGGUGCUGAAACUUCUCUUUCCAUGAUGAGGGAUAGAGCUCUUGCCCUCCAUGUGAAGGCAUGGGGCUCCCCCAAAGCUGCUCAAAUAUUAAUUAAGAGGGAGCAAUGCUAAGGUGAAGUCAUGAAGGAAGGUUUUAAUCCAAUACAUCAGAUCCAGAAAUUGUUCUGUCUGAAGCCACCAUCCUUUCUAGUAAUGUGAGUGCUCUUUAUGCUUUCUGGAGUGAGAACAUGACUCCGAUAACGAGUUAGACACUGGCAUGCUAGGUCCACUUCUUCCAAUUGCAAUGGCAUUUGUCUUCCGUGCAGCCCUUGGUUGGAAACUGUGAAUGCACUGUGCCAGCAUAAUUUUACUGGUGCAGAUGGUGGUGCCAUGAGGAAAAAGGCUUUGGAUACAGCAGCUGUGAAGGAAGCAAGGCUCUGGAGAAAUACACUGCUUGAAACUGGCAGAUUUUGUCUGUUUUUCCUCACCACUGCUGUUGUUGUUAUGUGCCUUCAAGUUGACUCCAACUUUGGUUGAUUCUCUCAUAUUGUUUUCUUUGGUGGUAGAUUUAAAAAAUGUAGCCAUGUUAGUCUGUAGAAUCAGUAUGCAAGAGAUCUUGUAGCACCUUUGAGGCUAGCUUAAGAAAAGUUGGCAGCAUGAACUUUCAUAGACUUAAGUCUACUUCCUCCAAAUGUA